GGAUUACUAUUUGAAUCGACAACAAAAAUGUCGUCGACGUGGCCAGCGAAUGGACUAGGAAACAUUUUGCCGAGCUCGGAUAUUGAUUGAAAUUCAAGAGCCAUGAUCCUAAAUAAAAUGAACCACAUCCGCAACGGUUGUCAACAAGUCGAGGAAUGAGCGCAAAAUCAUUUUUUGGGCUCAUCUGUUAUUGUGUGCUGCAGCCUCGGUCAAACGGAAUCCACCGUAAAAAUGGCUUGGAAAUCCAAUAACGAUGUAUUCCGUCGAAUCGGAUUUUGGCUUGUUGCUGUCGCUGUUAUCAGCACGUCAGUUUGUUCUGCAUCUUUCGUUUCAACGGGUGUGGCCGUUAGAUCAUCAAAGGUGUCUGGUGAAAUCCGGCGUUCAACAACCGGAAGUCAAGUAACUGGACGUCCGUUGGAUUUUCUCAGCCCCCGUGACUCGUCAGCAUGUCCCCUGACCAAAAACGAGCUGCGCCAAAUGGACGAAUUACUUUCAAGUUUCAACGACACGGUGAGAAACGAUCGGUUAAGGUGUGACAACCUGGAACACGACAGGGAACCCUUGGUCGUGAGUUUAUCGGCCGAUCGUUGCAGUCAGUUGAAAGAGUCCAUUCUGAGCAACGUCAACGACCUGAAAAUGGUUUUCCAAUGUCUGAAAGUGACUGGAGAUAAGGACGACGAUGUUUACAAGACAUUGAAAACGACGUACGAGAUUAAAGUGAGGCAACUGCAGCAGCAAGUGGACAGUGCCAAGAAGCAAUUUGAGACGAAAUUCAAUCAAGAAAUUAAUCGUUUGAAGAAACAUUUGCAGGAAAUAGAAAAUGAGAUGCGCGUCACGUUGGAAGAAUUGGGAAAAGAACGACUGGCCCGUCAAGAAGCCAAUACGAAACUGAUCCUGGAGUAUUUGGAAAACGGCAAAAUUGAGUCGGCGUGUUCCACGUUCAAGGACAAAUUAAAUGUGGAACAAAGUCGAACGAAUAUCAACGACAUUGUGAAGAUCGCCAUCGGAAAAGAAUUGGGCACAAACAUCUCAACGGAAAAUGUUGUCAAAUUUACGCAAGGGUUGACAGACGACGCUGAAGCCAUGGUUCAUGGUGCCAUCCGAUUGUUUCAGAUACUGGAAAAUCAACAAGCCCUCGACGUGCCAACUGUGCACAUUUUACACGGAGCAGUUGACAACAUAAUUAGAAGCUGUAAAUCUCUUGAAGGAACGGACUUUGAGACAUUGAAAUUGAUUUUAGAUGAAGAGACCGUCGAUCGAGUGAUUCAAGUAUUUAACAAACUCCAAUUCUUGAUCAAUAUUUAGAAAUCUCUCGAUCCAAUUAGAAAAUUUUCGUAUAGAAAAAGUUAAGUGAAGCCACAGGUGAAAUUACCGAACGUGAAAACAGGAUUUCUGGGUGUUCAAAGGUUCCAACCCCUUUUUCGUAAUUCAAAAAUGGCGCCUCUCUCUAAUUAUGUUUGUACAUAUGAAUGUCACCUGUGUCUGUGGUUGAUUAUUCCAUAAUACACAAUUUAAAAUUUAA